CCGCGGCCGCCUUUCUGCGCGUCCGGACAUGCAACUCACUCCGCGUGCCCGCCCUCGCGGCGCGGCAUCCUUCCCCGGCCGGGGAAGCCAAGGAGGGCGGCGCCAACGAUUCUAUCGCGCACCCGACUGCUCCUGAUUAUGUACCGCGGAACGGAAGCGGGCUACAUCUUGCGCGGGCACCACGAGCUGCCGGUGCUGGCGGGCGCAGUCGUCUUCCUCCUGCUGUCGUCGCGCUUGCUCUUUUUGUGCGACUCCGGCAAGGAUGA